AAUGCUGCCCACCUCUCACUCCCUGAGAUGACUCCUUCUGCGUCCACCCUCGCCCCUCCAAUGCCGCAUGCGCAGUAGCAAAACACUCCACUGUGUUCAGCAUUGUGCCACCUCUGAAUCAUGCCCAUUGCUGGGACCACAUAUACCCCUACGUAGUGGUUACUGCCCUGCGCUCCCACGUCACAUUGAUGGCUGUGUUUGGUAAUCUACAGGAUGUCGCUUCUGUGUCACAAGGAUAAAUAAGUAGGGAUUGUGACACUUGUUUAUCCCAACUUAACAGAUUAUUAUGAAGCUUUAUCUGCCCAGCGCUGCUGAGUUAUAUACUGCAUCAUGGACACCGGACUACAGAUCUGAAUAGAACAUUGCUGAACCGUUCCAGGCUACGUGUUUUGUGCCUUUCCUCCUGCAUCUAGUGAUAUCUGCAAUUAUGGCUUCCGUGGCCAAGUCACUGUUUGGGGGACCAGUGAAGAGUAUGUCUUGCUGCACAUCUGGGGGGUUCACACAGGACCUCCGACCUCCCAGAGAGGACAAGUCCAGCAUAUUCACCACAAGAAGAUGGAGUGCAGACGAGCAGCAACACCGCAGGGUCCUACAACCUGACACGAAGAGGAGAGACUCGCUGUACGCCCAGCAGAAGGCAGAGAGGGCGGUGAUGAGGGAACACUUUCGGGAGAAGUACAACCUGCGUAAAAACCCUCAGGAUCAGCAGCAGGUGAAGGCGGCUGGAGACAACGUCAGGCUGGCCAAGGAGCUGCGAGCCGCAGUGCGACAGGGCGAGCCGGAGAGAGACGACUUCUCCCUUCCCGGGUUCCUCAGCUACAAGAGCCUGGAUCUCAGCUACCUGAGGAAGGGCGCCAACAUGGAGUACCUGCAGCCAGGGCGCCGCUGCCUGGUCAUGUGACUAACAACUGUCACCUGCUCAUGUGCCCAGCACCUGGGGCCUCAUCACGUGAUCAUGUGACCAGCAUGUGGCGGAUUGGACUGUGUUAUAUAAUGAGUUAGUAUCUAAUAAAGAAC